GCGGGCGCUUCUUCCGCUUCCGGCGCCUCCGCCGCUAUCCCGGCAUGCCGUGCGCGGCCUCGUUCUGGGCUAGGCCUGCCUGGGCGACGGAGCGCGAUGGCGGCCGAGACGGACUCCUGGGACGCGGACUCCUUCGAGCCGGCGCCGCCCCUGGCCGGACACCUCCCGCUCCUCCCCACGCCGGGCGCCGUGGCUGCCGACCGCUGGGCCGGCGAGGACGAGGAGGACGACGUCAAGGAUAACUGGGAUGAUGAGGAGGAGGAGGAGGAGGAGGAAGAAAAGGAGGUGGAAGUAAAACCAGAGCCCAAAGUUUCAGAAAAGAAGAAAAUAGCAGAAAAAAUAAAAGAAAGGGAAAAUCAGCAGAAGAAAAAGCAAGAGGAGAUUAAAAAAAGGUUAGAGGUAUCAGAAGAAUCUAAAGAACUGACGCCAGAAGAACUGUUAGCAGAUAAACUCCGGCUACAGAAAUUACAAGAAGAGGCCGACCUUGAACUAGCAAAAGAAACUUUUGGCGUAAACACCACAUUUGGAAUAGAUGCUAUGAAUCCAUCUUCAAAAGAUGACUUCACGGAAUUUGGCAAACUGUUAAAAGAAAAAAUAACACAGUAUGAAAAAUCCCUAUAUUAUGCUGGCUUUUUGGAAACAUUAGUUCGAGACAUUUGUAUUUCAUUGGAAGUUGAUGACUUGAAAAAGAUCACAAAUUCCUUGACAGUUCUAUGCAGCGAGAAGCAAAAACAAGAGAAGCAAAAUAAAGCCAAAAAGAAGAAGAAAGGUGUGGUGCCUGGCGGGGGCUUAAAAGCAACCAUGAAAGACGACCUUGCAGAUUACGGUGGUUAUGAUGGUGGUUAUGUCCAAGACUUCGAAGACUUUAUGUGACACUUCUCCUUUCUGUUGUUUUUCUGUUGCCCAGAAUCCCGUAAAUGUGUAGCACAACUUCUUUCUUUUAAAUUCUGCCAAAUGCAACAAUCAAAAGUGCAGUAUUUUUGUGCUGGCAGCCUGUUGACCCUUGGCUGCAACUGCAUUGGGAUGCGCAUCUUGACGGCAAGGGAAUCAAAUUGAGGUUCAGUUGCUUAAUCAUAGGACAGGACAGAACUUUCAGAACAUUUGACUAAAUAGCAGCAGAAGCAGCACCAGAUUGGAAACGCAAGGCCCAAAUUAGGUUACCAGCACCACAUAGUAAUAACAUCCUUAACUGCGCUCUCCAACUGACUUUCCACCCAGAUAACAAAAGCAGUUUGCAGCAGGCAUGGUGUGAAGCAAUUAGUAUUAAAAAUGGCUUUUAUCUACACAUUAGAGCUUGAGAUUUUUGCAGUAGGUUGGCAAAUCGGCUGUAGGGGGAGGAUUCUGCACUUGGCAAUCCAACCUGUGAAACUCUUCUUGCUUGAAAGCAGCAACUAACACCCGUUUGGGCUGGUUCUGUUGUAUUGGAAAAAAGCCUUUUCUCAAGUUGAAGCAGUUCAGCAUCCACUUCUCUGACUCGAUGGGGAUCCUUUGCUACCUGGUCUUGGCGGCCGUAGUUGAGCUCUGUCUUCUCUCAUUUACAGAAAUCCUGCUUUGCAAACUGCAGCAGUUAUGACAGUUGGGCAAAUUGUUAUGUUAACAAUUAUGACAUCUGCAGUGUUUUAUAAAAGUAACUAAUUUAAUAAAAUCACUAUUGCGA